GGCGAGGUACUGGCGACCAGUGGAGGCUGCAGCCGCUCAGUCUGCGCUCUGACGGCCCGGCGGUCGGACGCGAGUUGCCUGCCUUCCUGACAGUGCUGUUGCCGCUGUUCUCUCCCCGUUUAUGUGGAAGGAGGAGCGUCUGAGAAGAGGGCAGUGUCGCUGAACAUCUCACACGUCCAACCUGCGGUCCUUCAUCUCCUCGCCCGGCACUUUCCCCAGCAUGGCUUCGACGACCUGCACCCGCUUCACCGACGAGUACCAGCUGUACGAGGAGCUCGGCAAGGGUGCUUUCUCUGUGGUGAGGAGGUGCAUGAAGAUCUCCACAGGCCAGGAGUAUGCAGCCAAAAUCAUCAACACUAAGAAGCUCUCGGCUAGAGAUCACCAGAAGCUGGAGCGCGAGGCCCGCAUCUGCCGCCUCCUCAAACACCCCAACAUUGUGAGACUCCAUGACAGUAUAUCAGAGGAGGGAUUCCACUAUCUAGUCUUCGACUUGGUCACUGGAGGGGAGCUGUUCGAGGACAUUGUGGCCCGGGAGUACUACAGCGAAGCAGACGCCAGUCACUGUAUUCAGCAGAUACUAGAAAGUGUUAAUCAUUGUCACCUAAAUGGCAUAGUACACAGGGACCUGAAGCCGGAGAAUUUGCUUUUAGCCAGCAAACUGAAGGGGGCAGCGGUGAAGCUGGCCGACUUUGGCCUGGCCAUCGAGGUCCAGGGGGAUCAGCAGGCUUGGUUUGGUUUUGCUGGCACCCCGGGUUACCUGUCUCCCGAGGUCCUGAGGAAGGACCCUUAUGGGAAGCCUGUGGACAUGUGGGCCUGCGGUGUGAUUCUCUACAUCCUAUUGGUGGGCUACCCACCCUUCUGGGACGAGGACCAGCACAGGCUCUACCAGCAGAUCAAGGCUGGAGCCUACGAUUUCCCGUCCCCUGAGUGGGACACCGUGACCCCAGAGGCCAAGGACUUGAUCAACAAGAUGCUGACCAUCAACCCAGUUAAGCGCAUCACAGCCAGCGAGGCCCUGAAGCACCCCUGGAUCUGCCAACGCUCCACUGUGGCCUCCAUGAUGCACAGGCAGGAGACUGUGGAGUGUCUGAAGAAGUUCAACGCCAGGAGGAAACUUAAGGGUGCCAUCCUGACCACCAUGCUCGCCACGCGGAACUUCUCAGCAGCCAAGAGUCUGCUGAACAAGAAGCCGGACGGUGUGAAGAUUAACAACAAAGCCAACGUAGUAACCAGCUCCAAAGAGCCUGUCCCGACUCCUGCUCUGGAACCUCAAACUACCGUAAUCCACAACCCAGCUGAUGGAAACAAGGAGUCCUCGGAGAGCGCCAACACCACCAUCGAGGACGAGGACGUGAAAGCCCGCAAGCAGGAGAUCAUCAAAGUUACGGAGCAGUUGAUAGAGGCCAUCAACAAUGGGGACUUUGAAGCCUACACGAAGAUCUGUGAUCCAGGACUUACAUCUUUCGAGCCCGAGGCCUUGGGCAAUCUGGUGGAGGGCACGGAUUUCCACAGGUUCUACUUUGAGAACGCACUGUCCAAGGGUAACAAGCCCAUCCACACCAUCCUGCUGAACCCACAUGUGCACCUGAUUGGCGAGGAUGCGGCCUGCAUCGCCUACAUUCGCCUGACGCAGUACAUGGAUGGCAACGGCAUGCCACGUACCAUGCAGUCAGAGGAGACGCGCGUGUGGCACCGCCGGGACGCCAAGUGGCAGAACAUCCACUUCCACCGCUCCGGCUCACCCACCGUGCCCUCCAAGUAAGUUGAUACCUCAUCCAGCUCUGAAGGCCGCCAGCUGCCCCCAUCCUGUGGCCUGGUGUGAGCCACACCCAGCCCCACCCCCGCCAUCACUCUGCCGUGACCCUCGAGUGUUUACACCUUAUUUACUGGAUGAGAUCCAGGCCGAUAAUUGAGACACCUUUGUUUUUUUAUUAGGGCGUAUUGUUUUUAAUCACCUAGGUUGAUGUGUGUAGCGCUUAAUCAUUAUGGGACAUUUGUCAGACAAUCUUUUUUUUUUUUUUUAUGUCUUAUGAUUGUAAAUCUUGAGUAAAACAUUUUUUAUUAAGCGAUUUACAUGGAAAUGUACACCUUGUAGAGUUACUGAAGCAGUUCUGUAGAGUGUCUUGAUAGUUCAACCUUUGGCCUGCCCUUCACUAACCUGGUGAAUGGAUCGGUCAAUGGUUCUCAGUCAGGCCUGUGAAACACCACUGGUAUGGAAGUCCAGAGCGCCCCUAUGCCAUUGUGGGGAAAAUUAAAUACCGGGCCCAUCAGGGGCGGUCAGCAGCACAUGCUUACUGGAUCAGAAUAACAAACGCCGAUUCAGUACAUUUAUUUAGCUGGUCUGUGUCAAGCUGAAUCCAAGUUAAGAUGACAGGUGUUGGACAAUAAUGCAGGCAUGAGAAAUCGCUGGUUCUCACACAUGUCGGUUUCUGUUCUGCGGUUUUGUGUGAAGUCGUUUAAUUUCCAUUAUAGUUGUAAUAAAGGUGAGCUUGCUUUCGUUCUGGUGCCGUGCAGACUUUGUGGUUGAGGUAAUCGAUAUCUGCCUAUCUUUGAAGUUUUUUACGUGGACUCCAUCCGUAUCGUCUGGCUGCUCUAAACUGGUUUAUCAAGUUUACCUGGAUUAUUAAGAAUUUGUAAUGUCAAGAAAAGGGGAAAAUGUAUUUUUUUUUUUUUUUAUUUCUUUUUUUGCUAUGCUGUUUGCCUAUCACUCAGCCUGUACUGAUUAUAGAACGUAACGCCUAUCUGUAAGCGUACUCCUAAGGCCCCUGGGAACAUAGAGCUGUAUUAAUACCAUCUGUGAUCUUAUUCUUGUGAAAUUCUGUUGUAUUUUUCUCCAUCCCGUUUAUAAGCCUAACGUGUAAUCAGUAGGUUACCCUGCGUGAUCCUGGGUUUUCUUUGGGUCUUUGGUAUUGAUGGACAUUUUCCUGGGUUAUAUAACUGUCUGCUGCAUGACGCCCUUAUCAUCCUGGUCGCUGUAGCUAUGGUGUCUGAUUAUCCUGCACAUGAAUUGGACCUCUGUGUUAGUUGCUCAUUUUAAGACUAAUACUCAAGGCUUUGAUGUUUUUAUUGGGGUUGGGGUGGGUUAUGGUUAAAUAGUUCAGUGUGAAUAACUGUUUAAAUGUUUUCUGUUUAAAUUUGUUCCCCCCACAGUUUAGCUACAUAGAGUACAGCCAUGUCAUUUGCCAACAAAUCUAUGGAGAGGGAUUUUCCUGUAAAUGGCAUAAAUGAUGUGGUUGAGACACGUAUAGAUGGCAUUUUACUAUGUAUGAGGUGAUAUUUUUAUAUAUGUAUCAUCUGUAUAUGUAUAUAUGAGAUGUAUGGAGUGGAGUAGGUCUUCCGCAGAGGUUGUAGUGACGGUGCCGUUGAGCUUUCUUUCCUUUUCCUGCUGGGUUUUCUUGCAUUAUGGGACACUGUACAUAUCUCUGGCCAUUUCUGCUCAAGAACUGGUUGACAUUUAAAAGGGAGAAAUAAAGUGACUUCUGCUCAGCUUGUUUUAGGUUAUUCUGCUGCAAGUGCAGUGUGUCCCUGAGCAGUGAGUGAAUGGGAACAUUGUCAUCAGUGUGUGUGCGCUUGUGUCUGUAGCGCCAUCUGCUGACUGUCAAUGAUUUUCAGUUUGAGCCAUCUACCAUCUACCAUCUAGCAGCUGUUUUCCGAAGGGACAUCUUCAUGGGUUUUGUUUCUUUUGUGCAGUUUGACAUUUAUGUUGGUUUCAUAUGUAAUGCAGUGUCCCAUGUGCCAUGAUUGACAUUAAAGACUUCAAAUCAUACGUUAGAAGUGAAA